UAAUUACUCUGACAUGCGCAUUCCGCCCAAAUUUCCCAACUCUAGGAAUUUGUUGUGAAGAGGAAAAUAAUUGCUACUAUUGCACGCUCCCGAUGCUGGUGCACCAUGUCGCGACGGAAGCAGGCGAAGCCCCAGCACAUCAACUCCGAGGAGCAGCCCCCAGAUGCUGCAAGUGGGAGUCCACAAGACGUCCCAGGUGAUAGAGAUGGUGAAAUGAGUUCCAAAAGGUGCCGCACGGAGGAAACCAAAAUCUGUGAGAAAUGCUGUGCAGAAUUCUUUGUUCUCUCCGAAUUCCUUGAGCAUAAGAAAAAUUGCACUAAAAAUCCGCCUGUUCUAAUCAUGAACGACAGUGAGGGAACAGUCCCCCCCGAGAGCUUCUCCGAGGCUCCUCUGGGGACCUUCCCAGGCGACCGAGUGGAUGGCAGGACACGCAAGGACGUUCAGGCCAAGGGCUGCACUGGCUCUGUGGAAAAGAGAGAAGGAAAAAUGGACGCUGAACCGGUAGGAGGAAUGUACCUUAAAAUAGAGCCCCCCCUCACGCCUGCGGCUGCCAGCCUAAGCUAUCUACCCAAAGCCAAAGUACCAAACACUAACGUGACUCUGCAGACCAUCCGCGGCACCAAGGUGGCCGUGAACCAGCGGGCGUCCGACGCCAUCUCCUCCUCGGCGGCGGGCUUCAACGCCAUCCCCAUGAUCCUGGAGCAGCUGGUGUGCUUGCAGCAGCAGCAGCUCCAGCAGAUCCAGCUGACGGAGCAGAUCCGCAUCCAGAUUGCCAUGAUGGCUCCCCACGCCCUGCACCCCUCCAUAGCAGCUGCUACUGACCCGCUCAAGGCUCUGGGUGCCCACAUGUCCCAGCAGCUCUCGGCUGCCGUGGCUUUAAUCGGGCAGAAGGCGGGGAGCCAGAGCCUGUCGCUGGAGUCCUUGAAGCAAGGAAAACUACCUCACUCGAACACUGGCAUUGCGGCCGCCAGCUCGCUGGCUGCUGGGCUCUCCUCCUCCUUCCCCCUGAAGCCAGAGGGGAGCCGAGGCCUCCCCGGCUCCAUCUCUCAGUUCCCAAAUCCUUUGCUACCUCAGUCCUCCGGCUCGGUCAUCUUCCAGAACCCGCUUUCGGCGGUCUCGUCUGUGAUGGAUUCCGCAAAGAAGGGCAAGGGGAAGCCCCCCAACAUCAGCGUGUCUGAAAGCAAACCGAACGCAGAGGAGCCGUUCUUCAAACACAAGUGUAAAUUCUGUGGGAAGGUCUUUGGCAACGACAGUGCCCUGCAGAUCCACCUCCGCUCCCACACCGGGGAAAGACCCUAUAAAUGCAACAUCUGUGGGAACCGCUUCACGACCAAAGGAAACCUCAAAGUGCAUUUUCAGCGUCACAAAGACAAGUACCCCCACAUAAAGAUGAAUCCUUACCCAGUUCCUGAGCACCUGGACAAUGUUCCUACCAGCACUGGAAUCCCGUAUGGGAUGUCUGUGCCACUGGAUGAGUCCAACCUGAUUGUGGACAGCAAACCUCUCCUAACAACUCUGCCUACCUCCGUGGCCAGCGGCGCGCCUCAGAGCAUCUCCAGCCUGGCAGGCAUCAAGGAGGCUCUGCCUGGUCCGUUCUCAAGUGAGCUGCAGUCAAGGCCCUCUCCCGAAAGCGAGGGUGGCUCCUCCUCGUCGGGGGCGGUCGGUCACGAGUCGGGAACGGAGCAGAGCUUGAGCUCACCACAAGCUGCCUGCAGUGUGAGCAUCUUCCACGUAGGUGGGUCAAACGAGCAAGGCUCAGAGACAUCAAAGCUCCAGCAGCUGGUUGAAAAUAUCGACAAAUCCACUGCUGACCCCAACGAGUGCCUGAUCUGCCACAGAGUGUUGAGCUGCCAGAGCUCGCUGAAAAUGCAUUACCGCACCCACACUGGGGAGAGGCCCUUCAAGUGCAAGAUCUGCGGCCGUGCCUUCUCCACUAAAGGGAACCUUAAAACCCACUACGGCGUCCACCGGGCCAAUACCCCCUUGAAGAUGCAGCAUUCGUGCCCCAUUUGCCAGAAGAAGUUCACCAAUGCCGUGGUGCUGCAGCAGCACAUCCGCAUGCACAUGGGCGGGCAGAUCCCCAACACGCCGAUGCCAGAACCCCCCUGCGACAGCGCCGAGGCCGAGGCUGCCGCGCCCGAGAAGAACGGAGACGUCGGGCGCCCGGAGGAGACGGUGGAAAGCAUAGACAUGGAAGACGACGUGGACUCUCAGGAUGGCCCCAGGAGCUCUUCCAAGCCUCCCACUCCGUACGAUGCGCAGUCAGAGUCGCCCGCCUUCUCAGGGGUUGCAGCGCUGGAGAACCAGAUGAAGAUGGUCGCCUCCUCUCUGAGCUUGCAGCGGCAGAGCAGCCUCAAGUCCAGCGACAACGGCUCGGCAGAGAGCGAUGGCAUGACCAACGACUCGUCCUCGGUGGCGGGCGACGCCGACUACCAGAACGGCAGGAGCCCCGCCGCCUCCGAGGCCGCGUCCCUGCAGGCGCCGUCCCCGGCCAACAGCCAGGCUGAGAGCGUCAGGUCCAAGUCGCCUGCCUUCAACACCCAGGAGGAUGCAGGCACGGGCAGCAAGUCGGAGGCUCCCGAGAAUGCUCCUGCAGAAGUGGAAGGGGUUGUCGGCGCGUUGGAUUUAACCUACGGCAAUAUUGGUCGCAAGGUCAUUAAGGAAGAGCCUGGGCUACACUUUGCAAAUGGAGAAUAUGGUCGAAGCAGUAUUCCAGCUGCUUUUGUCAGAGCCCCACCAGCCCUGAUAAAAAUGGAGCUGCCCAGCGAUCGUCCCCUCAGCACUGGCCACUUCAUUGGCCCUCCAGCUCUGUCCCCUGGGGUCGCCCCUCUGCUGGUGCCACGCCCCAAGUUCUGCCGUCCUGCCAAACAGCACAUCUGCACUACCUGUGGGAAGAACUUCUCCUCUGCCAGCGCCCUGCAGAUCCACGAGCGCACCCACACCGGGGAGAAGCCCUUUGCCUGCACCAUCUGUGGGAGAGCCUUCACCACCAAAGGAAACCUGAAGGUCCACGUAGGAACCCACAUGUGGAACAACUCGGCCAGGCGGGGCAGGCGGCUGUCCAUCGAUAACCCCAUGGCCCUGCUGGGCAACGACCCCAAGAAGGUGUCGGAGAUGUUCCCCAAGGAGAUGGUGGCGCCCUCGGUGAGCAUCGACCCCGCCGUGUGGAACCAGUACGCGGCCGUGCUCAGCAACGGGCUGGCCGUGAAAACCAACGAGAUCUCGGUGAUCCAGAGCGGGGCCCUGCCCGUGCCUGUGCCCGGGGGCUCGCCCGUGAACUCCGGCCCGGCCUCCAAGGCGGACCCGGGCCAGGCUGGCGCCGCCUCGGAGGCGGAGAAGGCGGGCGGCGCUGCUGCAGACAGUGUGCCAAAACACCAGUUCCCUCUCUUCCUGGAGGAGAACAAAAUCGCCGUUAGCUAAAGACUCGAGAGGAGUUGACCUACACAAAGAACAAAUAUAUAUAGACGCAAACAUAUAUUUUUAAGAGAUUCCACUUCGGCCUCCUAUUUUCCUAUCAAC